CUUUGUGGGCGGGGUUUUGGAGGAGGAAGUGAAAGGGGAAGAGAAGAUCAAGAGGGGAGCAUAUAUUUAGCUUGCUGGUCGGCUAGCCUUCCGACAAAAGUGCCAAAUUCGCCAAGUGAGGAUUAGUUACCUUUUUCGUUUCUGAUACAUUUUGGGGUUUUUUUGUUGCCAAAAAGAGUUCGUUCUGUCACAACAACGACAUCGAGUUUGGCAAGGAUUUCGGUGCCGGUGAGCUCGCUGACGUAGCGCCGAGUUAGCUGUCAGUGAUCAACAAUAGCUAGCUCGUUAGCCAGCACAUCCCAGCCGGUAAGAGGACAAAUUCCGCGUAACAAGCAAAAACGCUGUGAAGAAUGACCUCCAGGAAGAAAGUUCUCUUGAAAGUCAUCAUCCUUGGAGAUUCUGGCGUUGGAAAGACGUCACUCAUGAACCAGUAUGUGAACAAAAAGUUCAGUAACCAGUACAAAGCUACAAUAGGCGCCGACUUUCUGACCAAGGAGGUGAUGGUGGAUGACCGGCUCGUUACCAUGCAGAUCUGGGACACGGCAGGCCAGGAGAGGUUCCAGUCGUUGGGUGUGGCAUUCUACCGCGGAGCAGAUUGCUGCGUGUUGGUGUUUGACGUGACCGCACCCAACACCUUCAAAACUCUGGACAGCUGGAGAGAUGAGUUCCUGAUCCAAGCCAGCCCUCGAGACCCCGAGAACUUCCCAUUUGUGGUGCUCGGCAAUAAGAUCGACUUGGAGAACAGACAGGUAACCACCAAAAGGGCUCAGGCUUGGUGCCAGAGUAAGAACAACAUUCCCUACUUUGAGACCAGCGCCAAAGAAGCCAUCAACGUAGAGCAGGCUUUCCAGACUAUCGCACGCAACGCCCUCAAACAGGAGAGCGAGGUGGAGCCGUAUAACGACUUCCCCGAGCCCAUAAAACUGGACCGUAACGACAGACCGAAGUCGCCCGGCGCAGGUGGCUGCUGCUGAGGGACGACCCGGAACAUCUCCUCUUGGCUUUCGGCGGAUGAGUCACACCUGCACCUCGCUCCCAGGGAACUCCCGUUCCCUGCAAGUCUUCCUCCUUCAUUUCAUCCUCCUCACGCAAUAAGAAGCCACUCACGGAUGUACCGCCUCCCCUCUCUCACGUGAAAUCAAACGUAUUCUGAUAAACUUGGUGUCCGAAGAGCACACAGGAGGAGAACGGACCCCCCCCCCCCCCCCCCCCCCCAUCCCAUCCCCAGCACUCCGCGGUGAGCCAUCAACUUGUUGAACGGGAUGACGGCACCAUGUUGAAACCAAUUGGGAGCGUAAACUGGACCGGUUGAUGCUUAGUAAUGUGUGAUGUUGGCUAAGCUCAGCAUCCCAAGAAGCCUUUUAGCUUUUUUUUCUGUUCUCUUUCCAUUGCCUGUCAAAAGUAAUCGUCUUGAACUAUAUGUCUUACUUAUCUACCUGUAUAUAUAAAUUACAUAUAUAUUUGAAUUGGUGGAUAUUACAUCUCAAGCCAAUCAAGAACACUUUUUUUUUUUUUGCACUUUCUUGCCUUUAUAUGUUCUAAAUGUAGAGGGAUGACUGAUUUUGGGCAACAUCUGCCACUAAAUGAAUACAUGCCUUUCCUGUGAGGGUAAUAUAUAGAUAUAUUUCUUUUCACUUUUCCUUGUUAAAAUUCCCCCGUUGAACACGUUGAUUGUAUGGCCUCCUUCAGUAUCGACUUUUAACUGCUUCUCACUUCUGCAAGUAAGACAUUGAUUGGACCGCUCCUUUCACCGCUCUUUGUGUUCAUCUUUCAAUGCUACCAAAUUCCUAAAUAUGCGCCACCCACACUUUUGCUCUUCUCACUUAUCUGCUUGUAGCUCAGGUCGGCCAAGUACUAAAUAUUUUUAAUGGAUUGUGUGUUACAGUGUGUAGACAAGUCAAAUGGCUGAUGGAUGGAAACCUAAGUGACAACAAAAUAUCCAUCUUUCUGCCAUGGUAUUAUUCCUUCUUGUAGAAACAAAAUCACUGCAAUGCCAAUAAUGUUGUCAAUGGGAAUUUGAACAUCAAAUAAAACUCUUGAAUAU